CUCCACUCUCCACUCCGCUCUGAGGUGUGCUCUGCUCUCCGUUGAGUUGCACACAGAGGCGAGCGUCUCGAUAAGUUUGAAUUUGGAAAUAUCGUCCCGUGACUCCAGCGGAAGGCAUAUGUAUUCCGACUUUUGAUUCGAAGAGGAAGGCAUUUUGGAGGACGAUAGUAGUCUUUAUUUUCCAGAAGAGAACAGCAAGUGAGUGAAGGCUGCCUGUGAGCCUUGUUGUCCCGGGGGAGCCUUUUUUUGUUUGGGGUCAGCCGAACUGUACUGGCGCGGUUUCUUCAGCUUGGACAGAAACUGAAAAAUAUUCUCAAAUUCUUUGUGCCUGACGUGUUUGAGUCCACUGGGUUAAGCUGUGAUGAGGAGGGAAUUUAACAGCGGUGAAGCGCCAGACGGAGACAGCGAAAGCUAAGCUCAUCUCACCAACCAACGGUGGUCAACCACCACAGCUUCGACCACAGAAAUACAGACCUGUCUCCUCUCUCAUUAUUCUCCACUUUUUUCUACCCGUCAUUCUCCUUCUUGCUUCUACAUGUGAUUUCUUUUAUCUCAUUCCUAUUUCUCCCUCCUGAUCUACCUCUUCACAUCCUCCUCCCCUCCCUCUCUCCCUCCCUCCCUCCCUCCCUUCCCCUCCUCUCCCCUCCCUCUCUGCUUCUCUGGCAGGCUGCUCAUUGCAGUGAGUCAGUAUCAUGGAGGCAGGCAGCGGGGCUGCCGCAGCGGUGGGGAGUGCAGCACUAGGACUGCUGGGAGCCACAGCCACGUCCAGCCAUGACAUCUUGGACAGGGGCCUAAGGCCUGGACGUCACCUGGAGGACGACGACAUUGUGCCUGAACUGGCAAACAUCCAUCCUAGAGAGCGACCUGACUGGGAGGAGACCAUCAGUGCCAUGGCAAGGAGUGCAGAGAUCCCUGAGCUGAGGACGGAGCCCCUCAUGCGCUCAUGCAGCAGCAGCACGGCCAGCAUGAAGGUCAAGAAUGUCAAGAAACUUAGCUUCACCAAGGGCCACUUCCCCAAACUGGCAGAAUGUGCUCACUUCCACUACGAAAAUGUAGACUUUGGCACAAUUCAGUUGUCCCUAGGGGAUGAACAGUGUGAAGUGACGCGGAACGGCUAUGAGUCGAAGGAGCUGGUGUACUUAGUUCAUAUUUACUGCCAGGGCCGAAGUUGGAUUGUGAAGCGCAGCUAUGAAGAUUUCCGUGUCCUGGACAAGCACCUCCACCUCUGCAUCUACGACCGACGGUUCUCACAGCUGCCUGAGCUGCCUCGAUUGGACAGUCUGACUGACCAGUCAGAGUCAGUUUCUCAGAUGUUGUUGGCAUACCUCUCCCGGCUCUCAGCCAUCGCUGACAACAAGAUCAACUGUGGGCCUGCCCUCACAUGGAUGGAGGUUGACAAUAAGGGAAAUCAUCUGCUGGUUCAUGAAGAGUCAUCUAUCAAUGUGCCAGCUAUUGCUGCUGCCCAUGUCAUCAAGCGCUACAUUGCCCAGGCCUCAGACGAGCUGUCCUUUGAGGUUGGUGACAUUGUGUCAGUGAUUGACAUGCCCCCUAAAGAGGACACCACAUGGUGGAGGGGCAAGCAUGGCUUUCAGGUUGGCUUCUUUCCCAGUGAGUGUGUGGAGCUCAUAAAUGAUAAAGUGCCGCAGUCCAUGACCAACACGGUGCCAAAGCCAGCCUCCCCCUGCUCUGGCCUGCAGCCUGCUUCUUGGAGUCUCUUCCCCCCCUACUUGGAGAUGGAGAAUGUAAUACAGGACAGUGCAUGGGUGGCCGACCCGCUAAACCACUACAGCCUAAGUUCAGUGUCUAAGAAGCACGGGAAGCUGAUCACCUUCUUGCGCUCCUUCAUGAAGUCCAGGCCCACCAAACAGAAACUGAAGCAGAGAGGCAUCCUCCGGGAGAGGGUGUUCGGCUGCGACCUGGGAGAACACCUCCUCAACUCUGGACAUGAUGUACCCCAGGUCCUCAAGAGUUGCACCGAGUUCAUUGAGAAGCACGGUGUGGUGGACGGUAUCUACCGCCUCUCUGGCAUCGCCUCAAAUAUCCAGAAAUUGCGGCACGAGUUUGAUUCUGAGCAGAUCCCCGACCUGACCAAAGAUGUUUACAUCCAGGACAUCCACUGUGUUGGCUCGCUGUGUAAGCUCUACUUCAGAGAGCUGCCCAACCCCCUGCUCACCUACCAGCUCUACGAGAAAUUCUCUGAUGCUGUAUCAGCAGCAACGGACGAAGAACGACUCAUCAAAAUCCAUGAUGUCAUCCAGCAGCUUCCUCCACCGCAUUACAGGACCCUGGAGUUCCUUAUGAGACACCUUUCCCGCCUAGCAGCAUUCAGCUACAUCACCAACAUGCACAGCAAGAACUUGGCCAUUGUCUGGGCACCUAACCUGCUGAGGUCAAAGCAGAUUGAAUCUGCAUGCUUCAGCGGCACAGCAGCCUUCAUGGAAGUCCGAAUCCAGUCGGUGGUGGUGGAGUUCAUCCUCAACCAUGUGGAUGUUCUCUUCAGCACUAAGCUCAGCUCACUAAUACGGGAAGGAGCAGGUCACAACUCAUUGUCACGGCCCAAGUCCCUGCUGGUUUCAUCACCCUCCACUAAACUUCUGAGUCUGGAGGAAGCCCAAGCCAGGACCCAGGCUCAGAUCAACUCUCCAGUCACUGAAGACAGCAAGUACAUCGAGGUGGGCGAAGGUCCAGCUGCCCUGCAGGGAAAGUUCCACACUGUUAUCGAGUUUCCGACUGAGAGGAAGAGGCCUCCUAUUAAAUCCAAGAAGUCUCCUGUGGGUAGUUGGCGUUCUUUCUUCAACCUGGGCAAGUCUUCCUCCAUGUCCAAGCGCAAGCUGCACCGUAACCCUAGUGAACCUAAUGAACUAAAGGCUAUGGCUCUGGCCGGAGGCAGAGGAGACACUGCAACGUUAAGAUCAGCCAAAAGUGAAGAGUCAUUGAGCUCCCUGCACAAUGUUGAAGGAGAGUCCAAGGUGUACCGUCCUAGGCGGCCACGCUCCAGCAGCGACGCCCUGUCAGCUUCUUUUAAUGGCGAGCUGCUGGACAGCCGGCAGCACUGCAACUCCUAUGACAACCUGGGUGCCACAGAAGACAGCGACGGAGACGACGGGCCCAUCUGUGUGCCUGCCCUCAUAUCACCUCCCCGCUCAGCAGGUGAAGAUGUGGACCUCAGCCCGCCAGACAUUGGCAUGGCCUCCUUGGACUUUGACCCCAUGUCUUUCCAGUGCAGUCUCCCCGACACCUCCUACUCCUUUCCCCUAGAUGACUCACCUGCUGGGGCUGAGGGUUCCACGUUAAAGAGGAGCCCGGGCAGUGUCUGUGGCAAGACCAAUGGCUCUAACCUCAUCUCUACCACCAUCCUGGGUAGCUUGAUGUCGCCCGUGUUGUCCACAGACUUGAGCGUGGCUGCUGGAGAGAAGGUGGAAAGCAAGAAACUGACCACUUCCUAUUCUUACACUGAUAAACCCACACAGGCUGUGUCGCCUAUUAAAUGUGGAAAAACCACUAGUUUGACCCCAUUUGCAACUUCAGAGCUUUUCUCUACAGAGACGCCUGACCAGAACACAGCGGGACAGGUUGUGUCUCCACAACCAUUAUCUCCUCCUUCAAUAGCCAAGGACUCUCCACCCCUGAUGGGCAGUGUGCUGUUGCGGGCAGCUGAGCCAUCACUAAGUGAAGCUUUCCAAAUGGAGCUGCACUCUAAACUGGCAGCCUUUGACAGUGUGGACAGUCGAGAGCUGAAGGGAGAGGACAGCAUACAGCAGGCGCCAGCUGCAAGCAGCCAGGAGCAUCAAGGAGUCGUAGCUCCGGAUUCUUCAAAGGACCUCACCCCUCGUUCCCUCAGCUCUUCAGCUCCCACUACUGCUCCUCCUCCUCCCCCUCCUAAAAAUGCUGCCCGCAUGUUGGCCCUGGCUCUUGCUGAGUCUGCUCAGCAGGUCUCCAUUCAGUCUCAGUCCAGGUCCUCUGAGCCCCCCACACCGGUGUCCCCUCUGCAGCCACAGGAGGCCUCACACUUCCAGGACUUGCCACAUCCACUGGUCCAACAUUUCCAGCUGCUAUCUGAGGAAGGGGCAGGGAGAGGAAGUUCUCCACCACCAAACAGCACUGCUCCAAAUGUCACCCCAGCCUCAUCUUAUACCUCUGCUUCCAGUCCUACAAUCAAACAGCAGCCUCUAGAGUUAACCAGCACCAUUACCAAGCCAUCAGACAGUACCAAGUCCUCUAUAACUCCACCUGGAACACAGCCAGAAACAGACCCCACACCACCAGACACUCCUUUUUACAAGUGUGCCCCUCACUCCAGUUCAACCAGCCUGACUUCCCCAAUAAGGAAAAGUCCAGAGAGGCAGCAGCCUGUCACAGGACACGUUCCAGGCUGCACCAGCUCAACUAAUACAAGUCCAGCGACCUUGCCCAGUGGCAGCUGCAAAGAUAAUGGAGUUUUACCACAGCCUGUUCCUGAGGUCAAACCAGAGGAGACUGUACCACCCCCAGUCCUUCCAAAACCAUUAGAACAGCCACCUCCAACAACUCAAAAGCCCAAGAAGCAGGCUGUCUCACUGCCCCAGCACCAAACACAAACUCAGCAGCAGAGCCUAGCUCAGAUACAGCCUCAUCUUCCAGCACAGCCUAUGACACAGCCUCAUCUACAGUCUCAUCUGCCAUCACAGCCUCACACACAAUCUCAGACACAGGUCCAACCCCAAACCCAACCUCAGCUCCCCCUAAAGGCCAGCGCAAGAGUGGCCCCCACCUCUGCUGAGCCUGUUGAGAAGCCUUGGGAGGCCAUAAAGCCUGUACAGCCUUGUACAGAGUCUGAAAAGUACCAUGACGUGUACGGACCCACACCUCCUGCCCCUCCUGUCCGCACCAUAGAGAGCAAAUUGGCCACAGCAGCACUCAGCCAAAGUGAAGCCUCCUACCAUAUCCUGGGUGAGGGCCCUUUGCCUGGCCAUUUGGAGGAUGCUCUGCCUCACCAUCCUCCUUCUCCUCGUAAAUCUUCCACGCACCCGCCAGCCUACCUAUACCACGCUAAAGGAGAACCAGUUUUAAUUGAACCUCCAGGAGCUGCAUACUACCACCAGAGGUCUAUUCCCCUAGGCCCACAGUCCAUUCCACACCACUUCCGACCAGACAGUGUCCCCCCACACCUCUCUUAUGUAUCCAAAUCUGAGCCUCAGAUACCUUAUAGUGCCCGACUAGACAACAGAUACAGCACUUUAGGCCCCAGGUCCUACCACCACUCUAUGAAGUCCAGAGGAAACCCUCGCAGUGUGUAUGUGUCUCCAGGGCCAGGGCAUCAGGGUUAUAGCCAUGACAGACCCCAAGGCUAUCCCACCAUCCGCAGAGUGCACUCACUCCAUGUUCCUUCCACUAUCCGCUCAGUGCCCAUCCAAAGAACUGAAGUUCCUCCAGAUGAUGAUAUGUUCUUCUACCAUCGGCCCGUGUAUCAGUGCAAAGCCUACCAGCAGCCCCCGCAGCAGUCCUCACAAGCUGACUACCAUGUCACCCAGCUGCAGCCUUACUUUGAGAAUGGACGGGUUCAGUAUCGUUACAGUCCGUACUCUGGUUCCGGCCCUUUGGAAGCACCUUACUAUGACAUUGACCCUUACGGCACCAUCCGAGUCCGGCACUUCCACUCACAUGGCAGCCGAGAUCUGGGAAACGCUGCUGGCCGACCGGGUGGAAAGGCAACUGGGUACCACUACCUUGCUCGCCUUCCACCUGGGAAGGAGCACAGCUUUGUGAGCAGGGACAUGCCACCCAGUCAUGGGACCAAGGAGGCUGCUGCUUACCUCGCGUGGGACCCCGAGGAGUCAGAAAGGCUCCGCAUGCACUCCAUCCGCAGGGAGAGCAGAGCCAGACAGAAGAUUAAAGGCCCUGUCCUCUCUCAGUAUGACAAUGUCGGCUUGUUUGCACCAGCAGAUAUAUCAGGUUAUGAAACCCUGCACCUGCGCAGCAAAUCUGACCCAGGUAAAGCUGUGCUGGUUGCAGCCGAAAGCAAGGAUGGGCGCUACCUUCCCAGACACAUGGUGUCAGACCCUGAUGUCCUUGUGUACAUGGAGACUGACAAGCAUGUCCAGGGCAGCACAGCGGGUGACAAGUCAGAUGGGCUCACCAAGCAAAGCAGUUCCAAGAAAUACCAAUCCUCUCACUCCCUUCCAGCUUCUCUGAGCCACAGUCUGUCCCAUCAGCAGGAGAGCGGCCGACACGAGGCCAAGUAUGAGACUGGAGACGACAAGCUGGGUGGAGAUGGCAGCAGGUCAAAACACUGGCAGCAGGAAUAUCCCAACAAGAGGAACUUCCAACCACGGUACGAGUGUCCUGAUUCUGACCUCCACCAGAGUAAAGGGAAAACAUCAAGCAGCUACCAUAGUACAGACGACCAGCCAUCAGCCCCCAGGGAACAACACUCCCGCUCCAAACCGGAGCGAUCACACAGCAUCCGAGAGCAGCAGCACUACAGCCAGGGAAACCCUGAACUGGACAGAGAUUACUCAUAUCAGAAACACACCACUAAAACAGUGCAGUCCCACUAUGAUAACUUGGACGAUUAUCACCCAGUACCUCAGCCUCAGGCCCCUGUUCAAAAACGUGGAGGCUCUGGCUCCUAUCCGGCUCCAGGAUUCACAGUGAGCCACAACAACAGAGCAUACUCCACAGCACUGGGCCAGGGAGCCUUCAUCCAGACUGACCUGGCCAUACAGAGGCCAGAGACAGAGAUCCGUACAGAAUGAAGCAUUUAGAGGAGAAAACAUGUGGAAUUCUCUUUAGUUGUGUAGAAGAAAGACUCUAUUGAACUACGGUUGCAGCCUCUGCAGGACAGUGGACUGUUCUAUCACCAAUAUUUUUGCUCCUCUGUAUUUUUAAUGAAUUGUAAAGAAAAUUGUAAGACUUUUUACAGAAAGUCCUGAAUGUACCUGAAAUUAUUGUCCAAGAGGUCAUAUUAUUGUGAUUGAUUGAGACAGUAGCCAGUCAUAAAUGUAUAUGAUAUGAUAGAUGUAAGGUACUUUAAACAGGAACACAAAAAUGUUAAAAAAAAAAAAAAAAUCUCUCUCUCUAAAUAUAUAUAUAUAUACAUAUAUAUAUAUGUAUAUAUGUGUGUAUAUAUAUAUAUAUAUAUAUAUAUAUAUAUAUAUAUAUACAUAUACAUAUGAGUAGAAUAACUAGAAAAAGGGAUUUUAGUUGUAUUUUGUUUUUGUUUUUGUUUUUUUCUUAGGUGUGGCGCUGGGUAUAAGCAUCAACUGGGAUUACGGUUUGCAUUUUAGAAAUGCAUGCACUCUAUCUCUUACAGAACAGUUCUGUGUACUUCACUAUCCAUUGCGUUAUUUCUGGAUGUUACAGCACAAGUUAUUGAAGGACAGAUGUAGGUCAUCGUGCCCUCCCUCUGCUAAUAUGUACACAAGUAGGCGGUACGGCAGUUUGUCUGUGUUUGUCUUGAGGAACCCGACUGGGUGUGAGGUUUGAUAGGGAGCUGCAGUGGGUUACUUUGAGUGAAGAUAAUGGUUAUCAAUGUCUUAUUUUCUGUGUGACUGUGCCAUUUUUAUGUAACUUUGCUAUAAACAGAUUUCAUUGACUCCUAAUGGAAUGUUUUGUUUGUUCUUCAUUGGAAGAGGGACCAAAUGACUUGGCGCAGUUGUUGCACAUACAGGAUAAAGAGGGGAAGAUGGAUGAAUGCAAAUGUGUAAGCAGAUGUGUAAGAGGUUAUUUUUAUUUCCUUUUUUUCCCACCACAUUCACAGUACUUUUGUGAACUGAACUAACGAAUAAAGCUGAAAACAAUGUCCUCUCAAACAACGUGGUGAAGAACAUGUUGCCGCUGCUUUGUGGAAAAAAACAACUUGAUGAUGAGCCUUAAAUUUUGUUCCAACAGAACAUAUUUUGUUUACCAUUGUCAUAAUGCAAAACAUUGUGAUAUCUAGAUUUAAGAUCACUUUUGAUGAUUCUAGACAGUUCAGGGUUGACAGCUGACCUACUGGGGGUAUUUAGUUUUGUAUUGCCUCACUGGUUUGGAAUUUAAAACUAUGAGGGAGGGAUUUUCUUUUUUUUUUUUAAUAUCUGGGUCCAUUUAUUUUCAGGCUGGAAAUCGAUGUAUAGUACAUUCAUCUGGUAUUAUACUACAUGCCUUUUUGGUUUACCAUAAUGUAUGAAUUACAAUAUGUUUCAAAUAUGUUUAAAUCCAGGUUGUACUCUGUAACUGUUUGACUUCUCUAUCGCUUGCAGGUUUUGCUCCUCUUGCCUUAUCUAAAACCUUUUCAGAUGGGGAAUUGAAGUAAGGCACUGUGUACUUGAAUGUGAAAACACUCUUGUCUCAAACUAGAGGUAUCUACAGUUAGAUAUGAAAUAAAUAAAACUGUUCAGGAAUAGCUAAAA